AAUUUGUAAGGUUAUAAACGGAAACGAAGCGCACUGAGGGAGACAGAAUAAAAGCAGGGCUUGAUCUCAUCCCUGGAAUCUAUCUGUCCAAUUAUAAAUGUUAUCAAAACUCGUUCAAUUUUUUGAAACAAUAAGAGAAAAUGAGGAUCUCGUGUUUUUCUUCUUAUUGAUAAUAUAAUAUUAGCUGUUCUCUGUUUGGGACUCUGCUAAAUUCCUGCAAAGCCUCAGACACGGGAAAAGUGGCCGCUCCCAAAUCUUCUCAAUCUAAUAAGGCGGCUACAAAUUCAAUUACCUCUCUCUCUCUCUCUCUCUAAUGUCUGUUUCCUUCUCCAUUGCCUCCUUGCCCCUCUUCUCUCACCGGUACUUCCUUUUCAGUUACCAAUUUUGAUGGAAACCCUGAUCUUUUAUCUUAUCACUUCAUUAUUGUUGUUGUUUUUGGUUUAUGAUAUUUGUGAAUUAUGUGAUGUUUCAGGUUAUAGUUGGAAAGGGGGUGUUAGUGGCAAUGGGGGAGGAACCUAGCCAGCUGAAGCGGGCUUUGAUUGAUUCCUCUGCUGGUGCUAUUUCCGGCGCUAUAUCAAGGACAGUUACGUCACCCCUCGACGUUAUUAAGAUUAGGUUUCAGGUUCAACUAGAGCCCACGUCUUCAUGGACUUUACUACGCAAGGACUUGUCUACACCCUCAAAAUAUACAGGCAUGCUUCAAGCAAGCAAAGAUAUAUUGAGAGAAGAAGGAAUACAGGGCUUUUGGCGGGGUAAUGUGCCAGCGUUGCUCAUGGUUAUGCCAUAUACAGCUAUACAAUUUACUGUUUUACACAAGUUGAAGUCUUUUGCCUCUGGUUCUUCCAAGACAGAGAAUCACAUUAAUUUGAGCCCAUAUCUAUCCUAUAUGAGUGGGGCAUUGGCUGGGUGUGCAGCUACUGUAGGGUCAUAUCCCUUUGAUCUUCUCCGAACCAUAUUAGCUUCUCAGGGUGAACCGAAGAUUUAUCCAAACAUGAGGACAGCAUUAGUUGAUAUUCUCCAAGCUCGUGGCUUCCAAGGCUUGUAUGCUGGAUUGUCACCAACACUAGUUGAGAUCAUACCAUAUGCAGGCUUACAAUUUGGCACCUAUGAUACUUUUAAACGUUGGACCAUGGUGUGGAACCAACGUAAAUAUUCAAAUACUACUGCAGAAGUUAGUCCCUCUAGUUUUCAGCUUUUCCUGUGUGGGUUGGCAGCAGGAACAUGUGCCAAGCUCGUUUGUCAUCCUCUUGAUGUCGUCAAGAAAAGAUUUCAGAUUGAAGGUCUACAAAGACAUCCAAGAUAUGGAGCUCGGGUUGAACAUCGUGCAUACAGCAAUAUGUUUGACGCCAUGAAACGAAUAUUACAAAUGGAGGGUUGGGCUGGUCUAUAUAAGGGUAUAAUCCCAUCAACUGUAAAAGCUGCACCAGCUGGCGCUGCAACUUUUGUUGCAUAUGAAUUGACAUCAGAGUGGCUGGAAUCUAUUUUGACUUGAUUUUUUUCACUUCAUAGAAGGGAAGUGAUGGAGAGAUUUACAUUUUUUUAUUUUAUUAUUUUUUACUUAAUUCCCUAAGGAUAGGAAACACGAGGUAUAUGAUGAUUUAUUUCAAUGAUAGCAGUAGUGGAUAAGAUAAUCCUCUUUUAAGAUGGACUAUAAGAUAAAAGCUAAUUCUAGCAUAGUAACAUCUAUUUUACUUUUAUUGAAUGGUGAACAUCAGCAGUUGGAGGGGGUUAUUCUUGUUAACGUGAUUUUAAAUUCCAAAUUUAUCCUAAAUGGUCAAAAAACCUUUUUUUUGUU